UUAGUUGUCGCAGCCUCACUGUGAAACCAGGACCACCGCGGCCACCACCGUCGCGAAAGGGAGGCGCUCCUUGCACGGUGGCCACCGGCGCACCGCCAGGACGGAGGACCACGGAAAGGGCCAAGGACGAAAGGACUCAGGACCACAGGACCAAGGACGAAGGAGUAAGGACCACAGGGCCAAGGACGAAGGACUAAGGAAGAAAACAGUGGUGUACCCCACGCGAGCUCCAGUGCGUCUUCAAAGAGCCCCAAGCGGCCCGAGGGUCUCGGGGUGGAGGUUUACCAGUGUCGGGGGGCAUGAGACUCUGCGGGUCUCGAGUGCGCCUCAAACGGCGUCCCCGUCGAGCCGGAGUCCGCGCGGCAUCCCCUUCGCGAAGACCGUGAUGCACUUGUCGACCUCCGAGAGCUGAACCGCCCUGAACCGCCGCCACCAUGACGACCAGCUCGCUGCGCGCCUCGCUGCCCGAGGCCACGGCGGUCACCCUCCUCCGGCGGUACUCCACCGACCCCCAGCUCGACGAGGCCGCCGAGAAGCUCAGCAACUGCGCCAGGACCUUCAAGCAGUACCUCGCCGCCAUCGUGGUCAACAUGCUCGGCUUCGUGUUCGGCACCACGCUGGGCUGGCCGGCCAUGGCGGGGCCGCAGCUCAUCGCCGCGCUAGACAGCGCCGCCAACAAGACCGAGAACGCCACCGACGCGUUCGGCAACUGGACCGACCUGGACGCGAACGCCACCGCGGCGCCGGACGUGUACAGACCGCUGCCCGGGCCGCCCGUCACGCUGGAGGCCAUGUCCUGGAUCGUGGCCGUGCUGUGCAUCUCCUGCGUCGUGGGCACCUUCAUCUUCGGCUGGCUCGCCGACGUGCUGGGCCGCAAGAAGGCCGCGCUCAUCGGCGCCGUGCCCUACGUCGUGUCCUGGCUGUGCGUCAUCUUCGCCGACGAGGUGGCGUGGCUGUUCAUCGCGCGCGUGCUGGCCGGGCUGGGCGGCGGCUCCUCGCUGGUGGUGUGUCCACUGUACGUCGGCGAGACGUCCGAGGACUCGCUGCGCGGCAUGCUGGGCUCCCUGUUCUCCGUCAUGCUCACGGCCGGCAUCCUCUUCUCCUUCGUGGUGGGCUCCUUCGCCAGCUUCCGCGCGCUGGCCAUCGUCUGCCUCACGCUGCCCUGCAUCUUCUUCGUGGCGUUCCUCUGGAUGCCCGACACCCCCGUGUUCCUGCUGAGCCGCGGCAAGGUGCCGCUGGCCGUGCGCUCGCUCACGUGGCUCCGCGGCGGCCGCGUCGACCUGGUGGACGACGAGCUGGCCAAGCUGGUGGCCAACAUGAAGGACGGCGCCGAGGACGGCGGCGGCAGCGGCCAGGCGCCGAGCCAGCUCGCCCUGCUGCGCCAGCUGGUGGCCACCAGGGCGGCGCGGCGCGCGCUCUUCAUCGUCAUGUUCCUCUUCACGGUGCAGCAGUGGUGCGGCAUCAACGCCAUCCUCUCGUUCACCGUGCAGAUCUUCCGGGAAGCCGGCAGCACGAUGGAGCCCAACUCGGCCACCAUCAUCGUGGGCGUGCUGCAGCUGGUGGGCGUGUGCUCCGCGUCGCUCGUCGUGGACCGCCUCGGCCGCCGCAUCCUGCUCGUCGUGUCCUACGUCAGCAUGUGCUCCUGCCUGCUCAUCCUGGGCGGCGUCUUCUACAUGAAGGCGACCGACCAGGACAUCAGCAGCAUCGGCUGGCUGCCCGUGCUGUGCCUGUCCAUGUACAGCGUGACCUACGCGCUGGGCGCGGGCCCCGUGCCCUUCAUCCUGGUGUCCGAGCUCUUCCCCUCCAGUGUGCGCAGCCUGGCCACCUCCAUCAGCAUCUCCUUCUGCUCCAUCCUCGCCUUCAUCGUCACCAAGUUCUUCGAGGACAUCUGCCACAACAUCGGCCAGUUCGGCGCCAUGUGGGUCUUCGCCGGCUGCUCGCUGGCGGGCGCGCUCUUCGCGUGGUUCGGCGUCAUCGAGACGAAAGGCAAGCCCCUGGCCGUGAUCCUGCACGAGCUGGAGGGACGUCGGCCCGACCCCAGAACGGGCCCCUUCGCCGGCGGCACCAAGACCUUCAACCCCGCCCCCGGGGACAUCUAUUACUCGCCGCCGGACCGGGCCGAGGACCGCGAGGAGGCCGAGGCCACCAUGUAGCCGACUGUCUCUCUCGCACCCUGACGCACAGUA